CAGGCAGCAGGCAGCGGGUCACCGGGCGGAGCAGCAGGCACCGGGCCCCCGGGCGGAGCAGCAGGCACCGGGCCCCCCGGGCGGAGCAGCAGGCAUGGCCCGGGCCCCCGGGCGGAGCAGCAGGCACCGGGCCCCCGGGUGGGGCGACCGGCAUCGGGCCCCCAGGUGGGGCGACCGGCAUCGGGCCCCCAGGCGGAGCGGCGGGCACCGGGCCCCCAGGAGGGGCGACAGGCAUCGGGCCCCCAGGAGGGGCGACAGGCAUCGGGCCCCCAGGCGGGGCAACCGGCAUCGGGCCCCCAGGCGGGGCGACCGGCAUCGGGCCCCCAGGCGGAGCGGGCGGGCGCCGGGCCCCCAGGAGGGGCGACAGGCAUCGGGCCCCCAGGAGGGGCGACAGGCAUCGGGCCCCCAGGCGGGGCGACAAGCAUCGGGCCCCCAGGCGGGGCGACAGGCAUCGGGCCCCCAGGCGGAGCGGCGGGCGCCGGACCCCCAGGUGGAGCGACAGGUCUCGGGCCCUCAGGCGGAGCGGCGGGCGCCGGACCCCCAGAUGGAGCGACAAGUCUCGGGCCCUCAGGCGGAGCGGCGGGCUCCGGACCCCCAGGUGGAGCGACAGGUCUCGGGCCCUCAGGCGGAGCAGCGGCGGGCGCCGGACCCCCAGGUGGAGCGACGGGUCUCGGGCCCUCAGGCGGAGCGGCGGGCGCCGGACCCCCAAGCGGAGCGACAGGUCUCGGGCCCCCAGGCGGAGCGGCGGGCGCCGGACCCCCAGAUGGAGCGACAGGUCUCGGGCCCUCAGGCGGAGCGGCGGGCGCCGGACCCCCAGGUGGAGCGACAGGUCUCGGGCCCUCAGGCGGAGCGGCAGGCGCCGGACCC